UGACUUGUUUUCGUGUUGCUAUGCAGGGCUAAUGGGAACGGAAAAUAUAUAACAACAGUGUUGAGGAAAGAAGAAAAGUGUUUUUAGUGUAAUUUUGUAAGAAAAUGGCAAGCUAUCUCAGGGAAGGGGAUCGUAGUGGACUACCAUCGAUACGAAAACAUGGAUUUUUAGAUACACAGCCCUCUCCAAGAAGAAUAACCACAAUAGAGCAUGAAUAUGUUCAUAGAGUUGGAUCUACAUCACCGGCGGCAAGAAUGUUGGCCUCUGAGUCCAGCCUUCAUCACCCCAGACCACCAUCGCCUAACCGUAGGCAAAUGACAGAGAUGCAGGAACAAAUUAAGAUAUUAAGAGAGGAAAAUCAGAAGAAAGAGUCUCUUAUUCAACAACUAUCAAGCAUGGAUGCAGUUCCCAAAGUUCACAUCAGGUCAUCUGCUGACACACUGAGGCACGAUACAAUAUACCUUGGUGAUCGCCAUGCAGUGGAAACUGCAAGGAGUGAACUAGCAGCCCUGCAAGUCAAAACUGACAAACUUAUCAUGCAGAUCAGAGAAAAUGAAGCUCAGUUAGAAUCAAAAGAAGUCAAAAUCAGAGAAUUAAAAUCCUUGUACGAAACCAGCAAAGAAAAUGAAUCUAAGCUCACAGCAAUGUUAGAGUCUUACAGGCAGCAAAUUCUAGAACUGGAGAGCAAAGCGGGAUCUUAUGAGACAGUUGUGGGCAGGAGUGAAUUCACCGUGUCUGAAUUACAGCGUCAAAUCAGGGACAGCAAUGAUAAAAUCCUAGAGCUGGAAUCUAGAAUUAGGAAACACCUUGAUGAGCGAGAAAGAACGGAAAUGAAUUUUCAGUCCAUGGAAAAGAAGUACUCAGAGGUCAUUUCUCAACUAUCCAGUAUAAUUACAGUUGAUGAAAUGUCCAGUGCUACAUUCACUGUGGAAGAAAUUGUCAGAAAGAUGACAGAUCUGGUUCAAGAAAAUGCUUUGUUGAAGGGUAAAAUUGUCACAUUGAAUGAAACAUUGAACAGCACACAACUGGAGAGCAAAGCUAGCAGAGAAACAAUAAUGAGAUUGGUAUCUGAGGUCGGCAAAGAGCAAAAGGUUGCCACCAGAUUCACGUCAGAGAUCGACAAUCUCAGACUGGAACGAGAUACUGCUAUAACAGAGAAGAGAAACAUGGAGCGAGAAAUGACCAUGAUGAAGGAAAGACUCGAUGCCAACAUGAGAGCCCUGGAGGCAGCAAGAGCAGAACUCGACCUUAAACAGUCUCGACUGAGCAGCCUGGACCGGGAGUACCGAGUUAAUUCGGAGGACAUUAGGAAGGUUCACACUGAGGCACAUCUUUUCAGGGAGCAGGUGGCGUCUGUUUUGUCCACUUUCGAUGAGAGGUGCGACAUCUCCAGUGAUUUCAUUUUGAACAGAAUCAAGACCAUUCUCCAAGAUAACAGAGAAUUGGUUGUGAAAGUGCAGUCUCUGGAAGAGAGAAUAAAGACCCUGACAGAACAGCUGGAGACCCAGUACGAGUUACACAAGACUGCAGCCCACCGGGCUCGCAAGGCAGAGAACGACCUGAUGAGUUACGAUGAACGACUACGCAGUGCAGAAGGAGAGCUGGCAGCUGGGGAUGUGCUCAGGGAUGAAUUCAAGACAGACAAAGAGAAAUACCUAAGGGCUCUGCAGAGAUUAGGAGAAAAAAUGAAGAUGGACAGGAUAUCCAUUGACCUUGGUCUCGACAUGACCAUUGAUGCUCUGAUUUCAAGAGCAGAACAGCUAGUCAAACUUGAACAAGACACCAUUGUAGACAAAUCUACCCACAUCUACAAUCUGCAGCGCAAGGUCAAGUCCCUCAAAGAACAGCUGGAGAGCAAAGAUCUUCACCUUGACCUUCUGAGGAAGAAGAUGACCAGCCUGGAGGAGAAACUCCUCGGAAAAACCGAGAUUGAGAAGGAGAGAGACACCGAGAGCUUCAGAAUCAGAAAGCUAGAGAAACUCAUCGAGAAAUUCAAGCUACAGAUCACAGACCUGAAACACGAGAACACCAACCUAAAAGCUCAACUUCUGGGGUCAAGUGAAAUCCAGAUGAGAACAAUGGAACAAAGAAAAGAAAUUGAGGAGCUGGUAGCUCAAGUGGACGAGCUGGAGAAUGUGAGGAAGAAGCAGUCUCAUAAAAUCAAGCAUCUGAAGGAUGAGGUGGAGAUGUCGAGUCAGCAGAACCAGGAGAAGCGGCUGGUGUCUGACAACGCGGUCCAGGCUCUCUCCAGCGAGCUCAGAACCAGCAAGAAUGCCCUGAACGCAAUACAGAACAGGGAAAAACAGCUUUUGGACUUCCGUAAUGUGGUCGCUAGAAUGCUUGGUCUUGACAUCAACACAUUAGCAGUGCCUGACUACGAGAUCAUCUCUCGCCUGGAGAAGUUGAUUCAGGCUCACCACACCCACGCCUUCAACACCAUGAGCAUGGAGGAAGCUCUCGCUGACAUGGAGGAUGGAUUUCUGAGUGGCUACGAAGACUAUCGACGAACACUAGGCAACACCGAGGCUUCCAAUUACCGUCACUCCCGUGAGCGAGUCAAGAGGAAAGCUGCUCGAUGCCGAGCACGCUCAAUGUCACCCACUCGCAAAGUUGACCCUAGAGUUUAUUGAGUUUAGGAUGUGUGAUGAAUCAAUCCAUAUUGAAUAACUUUAGCAAAAAACCCAAAGGUAGUCUCCCAGAUAUUAUAUAAUUGCUCCCUUAUGACAAUUUUUUAAAGAUGAGAAAAAAUGCAUCAUUACCUACCGGUAGAUAGAGGACUCCUUUUUGUGGAAGUAGACUUUCAAUUUUGGAAAAUAUUUUCAGAGUAACUUUUUGUAUUGAAAUAUCUUAGAAUUAAUAUACAUGUUUUAUCCAGAACCUACAAUUAACAAACGCUAUUCUUUACUCAAUCAAAUAUGAUUGUAGAUCAGUUUGGUUUUCAUUCCAUUAGUGUUUUUGUUUAAAGUAGUGUCAUACAUAUAUACCAAGAUAAUGCUUUUUUGAGGGAGACAUGAUAAAGUUUAUAAUGAGACAUCAUUAAUUAAUUCAUAUUAAUUGGAUUAUUUGUAGAUUUCUGAGAGUCUUGGUUCUUUUCUACCUUGUUAUAAGAUCUGGCUUUUAGGAUAUUGUUUACAUAUGUUAUGUUUUAAAUGUGCAAAUGUAUAGAUUUUAAAUGUCUGUGAUAAGCUGGUAUAUAUUAUAGAUGAUUUACAAGUUGGAUUUUUUGGUGGGAAGUUUCUGAUUUUAUUAUUUACAUCUGUCAAAUGUUAAUAUCAAAUCUUUUACUUGUAACAUUUCCCCCACUGUUAAUCAAAUUAUUAAACAUUAUGUAUGAAUGAAGGUGUUUCAGUGAAAACUGAGAGUCAGCUUGAACAAUUUCCUCAUAGAUUCCUUGCUCAUUCUGUCGUUUUUACAUUAUUUAGAUCUCUUACAAUGUUAUGUUAGCUGAGGUAUAAUUUAUAAAUGGUGGUUGAUAUGCUUUAUGUAGUGGUCAAUUAUGUGUCAAAUCCAUAUUGUACAUUUUGAUAAUGUACCGAUACAUCGUAAUAUUUAUAUAUUUCUUAAUAAAGCAACUGCCAGAAUAA